GGAUGAACAAGGGAGAAAAGCAGCUUGUAGGAGGAAUGGGGGGGGGCACUUGCUGUUUUGUACCCCCCACCCCAAGGGCCGGGUUGGGUGAAGCCAGGACCCGGGUUGGCCAGGUGUGGGCUCCAGGAAGUGACGUCAUGGCAGGCCUGGCUCAAGCAUGUGGGGGAGGGGAGGGGGUUGUCAUAGCAACACCCUUUCUGGAGCAAGGACUCUGGGCUGAGCCCUGCCCGGUGUGGGGCAGUGCCCCCCUCUCCCCGUGUGUUACUGCCCUGCAGCCCUGGCUCCGCCGGCUAUUCCCCGAGCAUGAAGGAAAUAGCGUGGGAAAGAGGGAGGGAUGGGGCCUGCUAAUGGGCCGCACCCUGGGCUGGCCUCUGUUUCUCCCCCCCACACCCCCUCCCCCCAGCUGGGCCCUGGGCUAUGAUCGGGUCUGUACCGGGUCCCAGUGGGGUUUCAGGGCGAAGUGACCCGCCUCUAUGCCAGGAGGAGGAGGGGGUACAAUUUUCUCCACUCGGAGCCUCCUGAAAGUGUCUCCUGCCCUAUGCAUGGUGCUGGGUGACCCUAAAGACCUUCAUUGGCAGCCAUCGCCAGUACCCCCCCCCCACACCCCGCUGAGGAAGGUCACAGCUGGCGCUCCGGGUCAGCAGCCGGUCAGCCCUGGAGACCAGGAUGGUCCCUGCUGGCCUUACCACAGGCCCCUGCCCUGCUCCGGCUGCUGCACUGGAAAUGGCUAGCCCCUCAGAGGCCAUUCCCGAGGCCAGGCUCCCCUUGUCUUCAUCAGGAGCUCUGGGCCUGCAGUUAUUUCCCCCCAACAUAGUGGGGGGCUUGACUCAAUGCUGUGGGGACCAGUCCCUGGGGGAGAGAUGGGGCCCGGAAGAUGAUGUGGGGUCCAACCGCAGCAUCUCACACCGGACCCCUUCCUCCAGGCUUGGUAAAGGGGACAGGAAAAGCUUUGAAGCAGUCCAGGCCUCACUGAUUCAAGCACUUAUUUGGUGGGGGGAGCCCCCUGAAGAAGGGAUGGCUUUGUGAGCAGCAAGGGGGGGGGCUUUUUCUCCCCACCCCAGCAGUGCUGCUGGUGUCUGGUCUUGUCUUUUUCCAGGAGCAGAACCACCCAACCCUUCUCUGGGAGUCUGCGUGGGCAGGUUCACUGUCACUGGGGAGCGGUUCUGCCUAUCUCAGCAGAGCUCAGCACUGCGGUAGCUGAGCCCCUCACAAGCUUUACUGGUCCCUGUGAGGCUGGGCAGUGCUGUUCUCCUCCUAGUAAAGAUGGGGGCAGUGAGCCAUUAAGUGACAUGCCCAAGGCACAGGCAGGCUGCAGCAAGAGCCAAGAAAUGAACCCAGCUCUCCCAAGUCCCAGCUGCUUUUGACAGGGGCAGUUGCUCGUUGUUAAUACCGUGAAUGGCACAACUGCUGGACUGAGAAACGUCUUGCCUGGGGAAUGCUGCGGUCACUAAUGAAUGAAGCACCGAGGUGGAUGCUCCUGAAUUCCAAUCCAGGCUCUGCUGUGCUGGGGGACCUUGACUUUUCCUUGCCUUUGUUUACUCAUCUGUAAAAUUGGGAUAAUAAAACCUGUCUCCGAGGGCUACAGAUCACAACGCUUGGGUCCAAGUGCAAAAGGAGGCAUCAGGGUUAGAGUCCAGCAGGGUGUGAUCCUUGCGGUUUGAUGGAUUUCCCAGAUUUUCCGUGAAGACCCUGCUGGAGAAAUACACCACGGAGCCCAUUGACGAUUCGUCAGAGGAGUUCAUCAACUUUGCUGCCAUUCUAGAGCAGAUCCUGAGUCACCGCUUCAAAGGUCCCGUCAGUUGGUUCAGCUCCGAUGGGCAGCGCGGCUUCUGGGAUUACAUCCGCCUGGCCUGCAGCAAGGUCCCCAACAACUGCGUCAGCAGCAUUGAGAACAUGGAGAACAUCAGCACCUCUAGGGCGAAGGGCCGGGCCUGGAUCCGCGUGGCGCUGAUGGAGAAACGCAUGUCGGAAUACAUCACCACUGCCCUGAGGGACACCAGAACCACCAGAAGGUUUUACGAUGAUGGGGCUAUCAUGUUGCGAGAGGAGUCCACCGUGCUCACCGGGAUGCUGAUCGGCCUCAGCGCCAUUGACUUCAGUUUCUGUUUGAAAGGGGAAGUGAUGGACGGGAAAACCCCUGUGGUCAUUGACUACACCCCGUACCUGAAGUUUACACAGAGCUAUGAUUACCUGAGCGACGAGGAGGACCGGAGGAGCGUGGAGAGCAGCACGAGCGAGGAGAGCUCCCCCGAGCACCCCUACCAGCUGCUGGUCACUGACGAGGACAGCUGGUACAAUAGGUGGCGGAAGAUGGAGCAGAAGUUCCGCAUCGUGUAUGCGCAGAAGGGGUACCUGGAGGAGCUGGUGCGGCUCCGGGAAUCCCAGCUGAAGGACCUGGAGGCGGAGAACAAGCGUCUACAGAUGAGGCUGGAGGAGGUGAAGGUGCAGAACCAGCUGGAGAAGAGGGAGCUGGAGGGCGUCAUCCUGGAACUGCAGGAGCAGCUGACGGGCCUGAUCCCCUGUGAGAACACCCAGCUCUCCAAGGAGAUGGCCACACCGCUGGUGAACCAGUGGCCGUCGCUGGGGACCCUCAAUGGGAACAAGAGCGGGUCGGACGCCAAGCUGUUCAGGAGGCACAGCUUCAUGAGCACGGAUCAGCUGUCGGCGGAGAUCAGCCUGAGCUCAGAUUCCCAGAAGCUGGGGGAGGGCAAGCAAGAAGGAGAGCCCUGGGGGCCAUUGGGGAAGGACCCCACCCCAUCCAUGCUGGGGCUCUGUGGCUCCCUGGCCUCCCUCCCAAGCUGCAGGUCCCUGGCCAGCCUGAAAUCUAACGAGUGCCUGGUGAGUGACAGCAACGAAGCCAGCCCCGCCCACAGCCCCAGUUGAGACGCGGUGGGGCGCCGCUCAUCCUGGGAUCGGCGUGUCCCACCGGGGAGCCAAGAGGCAAACCAAGGAGCUGCCACCAUCUCAAACCAACGGGACCAAUGCUACAGACGCAUGGACCUUACUGAACCUCUUGAGGGGCUGGGGCAGCCAGCCCCACCCCUGGCUGAUUCGCUGCAUCCUUACAGAUGUGGGCCCCAUUCCUACCGAGGGACGCUUAACCGAGUACAUGAUAUCCUAAGCUCGUACGGAGAUGGAAGGAUCCCAACGCACUUUGUGAAAUGUGCCGCACAGAGCAGGUCACUGCACCUGACUGCAGAAAGGCAGCCACCUCUGGGAUGGACCAAGGCAGCUGUUUAACCACCGUGCUGCACAGCAGCUGACGGACAGGGAGUGAAGAAGGAUCCUGCACCUGACAGAAACUGCAAAGAGGGGGGAGGAGUUGGGGGGGGACCAGGACAUAAAUCCUGCAUCUGGAGCUUUUGCUUGGCUGGAAAGGGUGAGGAGUGGAGGCAGGGUGGGGCACUGUCACAGGGCCAUGGCCUCCCCUUGGGGCACGCCCUUGACAGUAUCCCACCCUGGGGACUUUAUCGCUGCUGCGGAACCAGCUGAUUGGGACCGAGAUGCCUCCUCCCAUCAGGACACUAUAUGGCUCCCUAAGCGCAUGAGAAGCUCAGGGCAGGUAGCUUGGGGGCUGGGGAGGGGGGCUGUGGGGCAGCAGAAGGGCUGUCAGCUCUCACCUGCUUCCUCAGCCCCUGCACCGCAGCCUUGGACUCUAGCACCCUUCUGCCACGGGCCGGAUGCUUUGACAAAGUGGCUUUGCAGCCCGAGGGGCUGUCUGCCCUCCGGAGGUGAGACCCCCCCCCCUCCCCAAACCGCUCCCUCCUCCAGUUUUGCGGGCCCCGUCAUGCCUAGCUAUUAUCCCCGCCUCGGUGGGUGGGAUUCUGCCUCCUCCGUCACCCACGUCCUGCUGCUGCCGUGCGUGUCUCGCUCCUGAGCGUCCCCAUCCGGGGCGUGUUGUGCAUCCUUGGCCGGGGAGAAUACCCCCACCGCACCCCUGACAUUUUCUAGCCCCAGCUGUGGGGAGGCCCUGUCGAAGCAAACAGACAAUUAAAUGCAGAUAU